ACUUUAAGUCUUUCUCAUUUGCAUAAUUGAACCAAUUGUUAAUUUGUAUCAAGAAAUAAUGUUUAGUCCCUUUUUUAAGUUGUUCAUUUUUUUCACUGUCAAUAUUAUCAAUGUUCAAUCGCAACAUAACUAUUAUCGUUGUCCAUAUCGAUAUGAAUCGGUGGAAGAGUCUUUCAGGGAAAACAAAAUAAUCAGAGACUUGGAUUUGGACGAGACUCAAAUAUAUGAUAACAUUCAGUUCAUUCCUCUUAAAUACCCGAAUUCUGACAAAGUGACAUGUGGAGCAUAUUUAACGAAAAAGGCUACAAUGAAGGAACCACAAGUUACUUUCGACCCGGUAGGCAAAAAGAAGGGUGCUGAUAAAAAAUUGUUCACUUUUAUGAUGGUCGAUCCUGAUGCUCCAACUCCGAGAAAUGCCACGUCCAGGUCGAUACUUCAUUGGUUGGUCGUUAACAUCAAGGGAAACAAUAUGAAAACAGGCACUACUUUGGCCAAAUAUUUACCACCCGCACCGACACCAAAUAAAGGAGCCCAUCGAUAUGUGUUUUUGAUUUAUCGUCAACCGAAGGAAGUGGCCUCGAGAAAAACCUAUGUAACAUUGCAAGAACGAUCAAACUUUCAAGUCACUUCCUUUGCUAUACAAAACAGACUCUCGGGACCAAUCGCAGGUAAUUUCUUUAACGAAGCCGUGCAAAACUAAUCAAAUGGUCCAGAUAAGCCCGAAUGCAUCAACAAUAAAACUUCUAGUUUAUAUUUUUCUGAAAAACUGGAAACACUAACGAAAUAUUCAAAAUGUAUCUUUACCCCCAACAAUACGAUUAUUCAGUGAACCCAACGAACAGUAACGAUAAAGCUGACCCACCGAUACUACUAACAAUUAGUAAAAAUAAAUUAAGAUUAUUUUCAAUGUAA